GGGCGUAUCAGGAUACAGAUGUUUUGUAACAGCGGUACUAUUAGAUUAUACAAUAUAGAAAUUGCACAUUUCUGUUAAGUUUGAAAAGCCGGUGCACUCUGUGUUACUCAAUCGCAGAAAAUGGCAAAGGUUGACCUUGUUAAAGUUGGAAAUAACUUGUUGAAGAGCGGUGAAACUGGAAAGAGUGUGGAGCUCCUGUCUCUCUGGCAGGACCAGCCCGUGGUUUUGUUCUUCCUGCGCAGAUUUGGCUGCCAGGUGUGUCGCUGGAUGGCAACAGAGAUCAGUAAACUGGAGCCGGACUUGAGAGCCAACGGUGUAGCGCUGGUGGGGGUCGGACCAGAAGAGUUUGGACUGAAGGAGUUCAAGGAAGGAGGGUUUUUCAAAGGACCCGUUUAUGUUGAUGAACAUAAGAAAAUCUACAAAGAUUUGGGCUUCAAAAGAUACACAGCCUUAAGUUUGGUUCCUGCUGCUUUGGGGAAGAAAGUACGAGAAGCAGCCUCAAAGGCCAGUGCUGAAGGCAUCCAGGGAAACUUCUCAGGAGAUCUGCUCCAGAGUGGAGGCAUGCUCAUUGUUGCCAAAGGUGGAGAAAAGGUUCUAAUGCACUUCAUCCAGGACUCACCAGGAGACCACCUAGCUCUUGAGGAUAUUUGCAAGGCUCUGGGUAUCUCAGCCAAUGCAAAGGCAGGACAGAUGCCAGUGUGCAAUGAAGAUGUUUGUACACGAUGAUGACAGAGAUGCCAGUCAUACCAGAUGAUAAUCUACAAAUUGAAUGGAGAUUCCUCAGAAAGUGAACACGUAUUAAAAAUUUCUUGCAAUUCAUUUGUCACAGUUGCACAAUAUAUUACUGUUUAUCUACAGCAGUGGUU